CUCCCCUCACAGUCCUUCUUCUACAGCUCCCUUAUGAAGACUCCUAGGCCUGGAGGGUGGGGCAAGGCAGGUGGGAAAAGCCAUUGCCAGAUGGACAGCAGCUAGUCUCCCUCCCCUCACUGUUUCCAGCAUUGGAAAAGACCACACAGGGUAAGUUGAAAAAUGUUUGUCUUACAAACUCUCCAAAGGGCAGAUUCACGUGCUUCAGGAAAGUUGCACAAGCAAGUAAAACUUGGCUUAGUUGCAAAAUGGUGAAAGUUACAGGAACUCAAGAGCAGUUGGUGAGAGCCACCAGCUCAGUCCUCUUCACAUGCUGAAUUUCUCAGGUAGAGUGGAGGAUACAAUACCUUUGGUUACCUGUUGCCUCCCAAGGUAAAGGGAAGUGACACUUUGGACAUAGCAAUAAACUGGUUAGUUUUAAAAUUCAAGUUUCCACUCUCUUCCUCACAGCCAUACCAAGAGAAGGGGAAGGUUGUUGGGAGCUGAUAAGUCCAGGCAUGUUAAGGAAAAAGGCAGGGAACUGGCUUUCUUUGUUUUUUUUCAUAUGGAAAAGUAUCCAGACUUGUAUCCCCCCCCCCAUGCAUAUGGUAAUUGUUCCAGUGGAAUAACUGUCUAACUGCAGUAUUAGAAGUAUUUCAAUUUAAGUCCUUCCCAGAAGGUAAGAAAACGAUUCCUCAUUUCAUAACAUGCCCUGCAGCAAUUUGUUACAAAUGUGCCUGUUUUUGUUUAAGAUACCAUUUGCUUAGAAAUGCUUGAAAAUCAGUAUCGUCAGAGGAAGUGUACAGUAUAUCUCAUGCCUCUGCAAGCAGUUAUGAAAGGAAAUGACAAAAUUGCAUGAUUCUAAUUUACAGUGAAUGAAUAAAAGAAGCAGAGCAUUUCCACCUGAAAUGUUCAGGUGGUACUGAAAAAGUCAAAAGGGAAAGAAAUGCCUCACCAAACCCAUGCAAAUUUAUAUAGCAGUUUCUCUUUAGAGGUGUCUAUAAUACUUCAGUUGCGGGUGAAGCUGAACUCUCACAUUAGAGACUUCUAUCAAGUAAUCCUGCCUGCAUACUAAAUUUGGCAUUUCAAUGCCUGCGAGGGUGAGGGAACCUGAAGUGUGAUGAGUCAUGUCACACAUUUUUGUUUACUGGACAUUAUGGGAGAGAGCAAGGAGAAAGAUGUGCUAUUGGACUGGCCACCUUCCACUAAAUUACAUUUUUUGACAUGGUAGAAUCACCACCAAGUGAUUCGUGCUGGGCAUCAUUUUCAUGUGGUAAAUAAAUCCAAUGGAUUGGCUGUGCCUUCAGAAUAAAUGUUUGUUGAGGGCAAAUGGCACUUCAUCAUGCAAAUUUUAACACACUGUUCAGAAUGCAAGAUCUGGGCUGUAGAAGAACAUGCGUUCCAUUUGUUUCCUUUUUGUGUGUGUGCAAGGAGAAUAAAGGUAAUGUUAUAGAUUUAUAGGUGCUAGAAUUUAAUUAAGGUUUAUGGGUGUCAAAGCUAAUUUCCUUGGAGGAACUAACCAGACUCAAGUGUCCAUUUGGGCUAGUAAUGCGUGUGAUAGACCCACUGAUAAGCCUCUGUUAUUAGCACAUAUAAAGCCUAAUUAAAUAGACACACUUCCUGGGUUGUGUAUUGGACUUUGUAAUCCUAGCCAAAUCAACGAGUGUUGAUGAAGUCAGGCAAACUUCUUUGUGAGGUGACCACCUGGGAGGAUUAACCAAUAUGAGUUCAAAGCAUCAAAGGAAAUAGGUGUUAGAAUGCAAAUAAAAAAUUAAAAAAAUUGAAUCCUCCCUUCCUCUGUAGAUAAAUGGGCUUAGGGUUUUUUUAAAGGAGGUUUUAUUAAAUAUUUUUAGGUUACAAAAGUACAUACAUCAUCUCUGUUUACAGAUCGUAAAGUCCUUUCUACAGAUCAGUUAUAUUUGAUGUGAGACUUUAAUGUUGUAGUCAGUAGAAGGUUGGGGGAGAAGAGAGGUGGGGAGGGAGAGUGUGGGAAAGAGGUGGGGAUUAGUAAACUUUCAUUCUCUUACAUAAUAUCUGUGCAAGGUUUUUGUGUCGGUGUCACAUGGGUAGGUUCUCUUUCUAUUCAUUUAUUAGUUUUCCUUGGCAGUGAGAGAGAUUGGGGGCCCAGGGCAUGGUUAGUUGCCUUCAGUUGGCUGCAGUGAGUUUUGUUUGCAUGUGUGAGGGGGAGGGGUUGUUGGGUCAAGUUAUCCACAUUGAUUUGUGUGCUGUCAGUGGGUUCUCAUUGAUGUCUUGUUGGGCUGUGUGUAAUAAAGGAAGGUGUGGGGAGUUAUGUAACCAGGAAGCAGAGAGGAGCAGUUGAGCUGAGAUGUGCCCUGCAGAGCACGAGAGGCUGCGGAGAAAGGAUGUUGAUGCUGUCACUAUGGAGUAAGCUAGCAUAUUUUGGGGUGCUGUGCUGUGAACUUCCUCCAUUGUAGGCUCCAGUUUGUGUAUAAAGCCAUGUGUCAUAAUGACACUAUAGCCUCCAUUGUGCCUAAUUUUCCAACUCCUGGGUGAGCGCCUGGAAUUUUUGAAGUUUUGUGCACUGCUCAGCAUAGAUUGGGGUGGCGUGUAUUGGGGAAAACUUCCCCAACAUCUUGAAACUGUCUGAACUGGAUCUCAUCACUAACCACUUUUUCAUAUACAGUGGUACCUUGGUUGUCAAACUUAAUCUGUUCCGGGAGUCUGUUCGACCUCCAAGGGAAUCUGCUCACCAACUAGCUGUUCCAUCAUGAGUCCCUUUCAUCUAACCUAGGGAUGGGGAAGGUGUGGCCUUCCACAUGCUGCUGGACUACAAAUCCCAGCAACCCUCAUUUUUGGCUAUGCUGAUGGAAGUUGAAGUCCAACAACAGCUGGAAGGCCGCAGCUUUCCCAUAGCACAGGCAGGCAUAGGCAAACUCAGUCCUGCAGAUGUUUUGUGACUACAACGCCAAUCAUCCCUGACCACUGGUCCUGUUAGCUAGGGAGGAUAGGAGUUGUAGUCCCAAAACAUCUGAAGGGCCGAGUUUGCCUAUGCCUGUCAUAGCACCUCUAACCCUUAGCCAAGUUCCUGGGCUUGACAGGUGCAGUGCAGACCACUGGGCGAUGCAACACUUCUCCCAACAUGCACAUGGCCAGAAAUACAGGGGCAGGUCCUUUUUCUCCAUUCCUGCAAGGCUAUAGUUUGAACUGUAGAAACAAUGAGCUAUUGCCCUGGUCAGUUGUUGCAAAGGGAAACCUCUGCUUGAACCUGCUGAUGGGUGAAGGUGUUGACUCCUGAAGCGCAUUGCCCUUCUGAGUUUGCAUUACUGUGUGUCUUCCUUUUCUGUACUUUCAGUGCAACUGAGAGCUAAAUACCACAGAAAGCAGCCUAGAAAUGUGCAUGCACCUGGGAAUCCUAGCCCAGUCAGGGGUCCCAGACAUGUGUGAAUGGGUACGUGCCCAAACUAAGAUGCACAUUUGUUGUUUAAGUGUUUGCUGCAGGCAACAUCAGUGUGCAUUCAGCAGCUGGUUUUGCUGCAUAAAACAUAGAGCCACUCUGAAAAGACAGAGAGUGCUUAGAAUUGUGUUGCAGAGGACACCGGCUAAUCUUCACUGUAGCAAAUCGAACUCGGUUCAUUUCAAUUCCUACUAGAGCUUUAGAGCUGAAUUUCCAGAGGGAUUGUAAUCCCUAGCCUGGUACGCCACCUGCAAAUGCUUUUGCAGUAAUGAUGUGAGGCCUUGUGUGCUGCCCCUCUCCUGUUGUGUGAACAUGAGGAGGAGUUCAGCAUCACACUCUUCUGAUCCUCCUGUUAGCGCAAGCUUUAAAAGAGAAAAAGGUUAUGCCAAGAGGAAAAUGUGACUCCUCCAGGCUAUAGCUCUGAAAGGCUAGCUAUGGCAUCUGUCUCCAAGUCCUCUGCAUUGGGUGUUGCGCCCAGUUACAUGAAUGCAGAAUAGUGGUUCAUUGUAUUCCUCCCCACUGUGUCUCUUAAUGGGAAUCCUCUUAGGGCUGGUGUGAAUUAUGCCAGGGUCUAAGAAUACAGAAUACAAGGAGAACAAGCUUUUCUCUAUGAGAAAGAAAUUCUUGUUUGGGCUACAAAGCUCCCUAAGCAGAUUUGUGCAAUUCAGUAUCUCAGCCAGAACUACCUCACAGGGUUGUUGUGAAGUUAAAAUACUGCUCUGAAUGCCUUGAAAGAAGGAACUAAAAUAAAUAUGGGGAAGGUAAAAAGGAGGGAUAAUAGAACUGUUAGUGGAUGCCCUGAUCCAAAGUAAUCUUCGUAUCCCACGAAAUAAAGACUGUAAAUAGUGAGCUUGGUAUUGUAAUGUAAAGACUUGCAUUAAGGACUCCAUCUCAACAUUUUGACUGGGUUGAUUAAGGCAUGCCUGUUUCUUUUGUGGACUUACACAUGGCUCUUCAGGCAAAUAAAUGCCUCCUAAAGCAGUUUGCAAACUAUUUAGCAACCAAUACGCAAUUGAAAUAUAAUAUGGAAACCAUUUAUAAUAUCCAUUUCCUUCAAAGCGCUAUUAAAGUCCAGCAUAAAGCAUACAACAAUAAUAACCCGACGUGAUAUUUCAGAGUCAGGUCACAGUACCAUUUCCUACAGUCAUGCUCAACCACUAAAGGCCAUGGCUUAUUUUAAUUUGUUUUUCAAAUGGUAUUAUCUGUUUUAGUACUGUACUGAAAAGGAAAGUUCAAUAAUUAUUUUAAAUGAAUUUAACAAUAAAAAAUAAGUGCUAGAUAAAUUAUUCAUAUUAAUCUCUGCUGUACCUGUAGGUUUUUCUUACAUUAUCAAACAAUGCUGGUGGUGCUGUGUAAUUAGAAUUACAUCAGCAAUUUUUAUUUGCAUGUGUGUGUGUUUUAAGAUAAGUGAGGGAAACCUCUUGCAAGUAUGCUGUUUGAAUGUGAGGGAGAGAAGGAACAUAAAUUUAAGGCAGCAAGAACGAAUGUGGCUUAUCCUGAAAAACAGGCAUUUGAACACAUCUUCAAGUGAGAAGAAAGCUCGCCGUUUACCCAGCAGCUUUAUAAUAAAAUGCAUGUACUGUCUCUUCCAACACAAAAACCUAUCAAGGCACUGACCUUGACUCUCAGCUACAUUAUGCAUAUGGUAGCUUCCCAAGCCAUUUCAGUUUCUUCUCUGAUGCUGCUAAAUAUUGGAAAUAGACUUCAAGGUAACCUCUCAUUUGCAGCCCCCGUCCAUCCAUGCUUCUGAUUGACUACAUGGCAAAACAGAUGGCGAGAAGCUGUUCUGAUUUCAUGCAUGCCUGUUAGAUAAAUGUGGGGUGCUUAAUUUCACAUGCUUCACGCUAAGGAGGCAAUUAAUUGCCUUGCUCACUCUUGAAAUGCAAAAUCUCUGCAUUCAGCCAGGUAUGCCCUGCGUCCCACAGAGCUCUACACACGUUGCAAAUCCAUGAUGAGCUCUGAUGGUGAACUUAUUUGUCACAAUCACCAGCACUUCAGCAGUAACAAGUGUUUGCUUCCACAGCCCAACUUCAUUAACGCAUAACCCUGAAAUUUUGGACGCCCUCCAAACCGAUGCCAAAGUUUUGUGACCAAAAGCUCAGGAUUAUACAUUAAUGAAGCUACAAAUGAACACUGGCUUAAGAUGGACCUCAAACCUCUUUGGCGAGAGCUUUGGCCCCAAACCUGGAAUAUGCUUGUAUAUUUCAGCCACUCUCCUCAAGGUUUGCAAAGGUACACACUUGCACGCAAAUUACUUAAUCACUUAGUGCUUGAUGGUGCACAGAAGAAUGUGUGUGCUGACACCACCAUAAAGCACUGUAUAGGAGAUGAUAAUGAACAUUCUGUUUAUUCUGGGGUAGUUGAUCUUGCUUCCCUAUCUAUUUGCUGUCACUGGCCAUCUAGCCAUUGUUGUCACCAGCCCAUUGGUACAGCCACUGCUGCUUCUACCCAACCAACCAAUUUGCAAGGCAUUGUUGGCACAGCUGCCUGGAGCGUGACUGUGCCACUGCUGCAUUGCUGCAACUGUAUGCUGGAGAAAGGAGGAGGAGGAGGAUGGUCCAUCACCCACAGGCAGCAACAUGUCUUGUACUGGCACUGGCACUGGCAGUGAUCUGAACUGAAUGUAGAAAGAUUUGAACGUGGGGCCUUCUGCAUACAGCUCCUAACCCUCUGUGAUAGCUCAUCUGCGCAUGCAGAUCAUCCCUUGAUACUACACUCAUCAAAUGGUGGCCACGCAUCUUGCGGCUUGCCCCUUUUUCUUUUCAGAUCUAAGGGAUGUCCCCAUCAAUUGCAGCUCUUCUGGUUUCAUAUUUUGAUUUAGAAGCCUCUAGCCAAAUUCCUCUCUCCUCUUGCUGUCUCUGCUGUGCUUUUAAAUGACAACAUUGACAUAUAAGCUUGAAAGGAACUACUGUUUCGAAUUAUCAAUAAUCCCAUUGCAGAUCACUUAUCUUUGUGAGAUGUGACUGUAAUUCCUUUCCGGUGCACUGGAGCAGAGACAAUGUGCCCAUGCUGAUGAAGUCUCUGUUUACAGUGUAAUUUUGAAUCAAUGGUUCCUGCUGCCUGGUAAGUAGAAGGUGUUGCCUAAUCGUGGAGCCAGUCUAUUAGAUGCAGGCUAAGUAUUCAGAAGAGAAAAUUGAUCAUGGGGAGAAAACAUUUGCUAUAUCAAGGCUGGGCCAGCUAUGCAGUAGGCUGAACCUAUGUGCUUUAAGUAGCACUAGGAGAGGAGUUGAAAAUAGAAGAAGUCAGGAAAGGAGUCUGAAGCAAGACCUUUAAAAGUCUUGGACCUAGUGGGGCAGAGGUGCAUUUGGGCUCUGCUGCAAUCACCGGAAGCCAUCAUUUUGGAUCCACUUCAGGCAGCAAAAUGUACUGAGCAGGGAAAUGGGGCUGCUGUGUGACUUCUUCUGGGCACAUGUACAUUUCUUUGACCCUUUCUCCCUUCCAGAGAGCCAAGAGGGCAGGAAGAUCUGGUCACCACAAGUUGGGUACUUGCUGUGUUUCUUGCUGUACAACAUUCUGGGUGGCCUUGAUGUGCUCAGUUGUAUUAAACUCAAUUUUUCUGUUUGUGCCUGCAGAAUGUAGUUGGGCAGGAAGGAGGAGCAGGAGAGGAUUGGUUACUGGAUCGUAUGAUGUGGCAGGCAGGGACUCUCAGAGCAAGGAGUCUGGCACACUGUUACUAAUGGAACGUGCUGCAGAGAUGAGCCAGAAGAUCCAGCAAGCAAAACCAGUUCCACUCUGACAUUGCUCAAAAGUGCUAAAGCUAUUCGUGUGUGUGUGUGUGUGUGUGUGUGUGUAAAAAACCUGCUGCCAAUAGACAGGUGACAUACUCAUGACCAAGCAGAGAGAACGCCAUGAAAUUCUGAAACACAUACACAUGGGUUUCCAGGACAAAUUUUUAAACAGGACCGGAAAUCUCUUGAUGUUGGGAAAGGAUCAUAACUUCGCAAGGAAGCAGCUUUCAUUUGAAAUGUAUGUUUGUUUGGCUGCCUGCAUGCAUCUCUGAGCCUCUCACAUGCUCCCUUUGUCCAAGGCACUUCAGUAAAGGUAAAGGUACCCCUGCCCGUACGGGCCAGUCGUGUCCGACUCUAGGGUUGUGCGCCCAUGUCACUUAAGAGGCCGGGGGCCAGCGCUGUCCGGAGACACUUCCGGAUCACGUGGCCAGCGUGACAAAGCUGCUCUGGCGAGCCAGCACCAGCGCAGCACAGGGAAACGCCGUUUACCAUCCCGCUAUAAAGCGGUACCUAUUUAUCUACUUGCACUUAAGGGUGCUUUCGAACUGCUAGGUGGGCAGGAGCUGGGACCGAACGACGGGAGCUCACCCCGCCGCGGGGAUUCAAACCGCUGACCAUGCGAUCGGCAAGUCCUAGGCACUGAGGUUUUACCCACAGCGCCACCCGCGUCCCCUCCGAGGCACUUCAUUAGUAGGUUCUUAUCUGAGAUCAGCCACUGGGAUUUAUACAGGGUAAUGAUACAAUUGAAUUGCUAUCACACACCAAACCCAAAGAAAUGCUCCAUAUGUUAGCAGCAGAUAGUGCCUGCGGGCAGUUUCUUCAAAUUUGCUAGAUUUUAAAAAACAAGAGAGUUGAGGCUGCAUAAAUGACAAGCAUCAUCCUUAACCCUCGAUGGAAUGAGUCAAGACUGAAAAAUCUGCAGUGUGCCUGGUAUCCUUGCCUAACUUCAGAUUCUGCGUUUUAGCAUUAAGGAUUCAGGAUAGGAGCUCUGCCCACGCCACAUCCCCAGGGUAUACAUUUAUGCCAAUUCUAUUUGCAAACAUGUCUGAGCAGUGUCUGCAAGAAUAAGUUUGGAAGUCUUGCUGAAAAUAUUUGAAAAUGUACUGUCAGCUGUUAGUUGAGGGCCAGUUCCCAUUAUCACUUGGCAAGCGGAAAAAUAUGGGUCCAGAAGUCACUGGAUCCAGGCUGAGCUGAGCAUGUGGCGAAGGAAGUAGGCGAUGUCUUUGCUGAAUACUCCAAUCACACGCACCCCACGGUGGUUGUAGUAUCCAUCCACCCACUCUUGGCAACAACAAACAUGGGUUAGAGUCAUGAGCUGCAUGUGUAAUAAAGCAUUCAGAGAAUUGCUAAAUCGGAUUGUAAGAGCGGCCCACCAAUUUCCAAGGGAAGCUCAACUACUCUCUUGUUGUGCCAAUUUGGUUGUUUGAAUUAUCCCUCAGAAACCCACAGUCAGACAGGGCUUCCAGGAACGGUGCUGAAAUAGGUACCAGCCUGAAGUCGCCCUCCAUGUCCUUUUUUUUUUGUUUCCCCGUCAUCUGGGGAUUUUCUCACAGUAGUUGCUGCCGCUAUUUUUAAUGUUCUUAUCUCUGCCUAUUUUAAUACCUGAGCACCUGGGUGUGAUAUAGAAAUGUUAUAAUUUGACAGGCCUUUCUCCUCUAGCUUGGGCUGAUGAAAGACAAUUUUAAACUCCGGCUUCAGUCAUUUGAUCUGAUUUGCAGCAAAGGGAUGUGAUUUCAAUACCAAACAAACUCUGCAGCCUGCCCAGAUUAGGUGGCAGGGCCUAUGGAGCUCCUCCCCAAUUCUGUGUUGUGCUGGCACCCUUGCAUCAAAGGUUGCCUGACUCUAGAUCACAAGGUCAUUGUGGUGCAAUGGUCUAAACUCUAAGGGGGGGACGGGGACAAAUGGCUAUGAGUCACGAUGGCUAUGUGCUACACCCAUUAUGAGAGACAGUAUGUCUCUGAAUCCUAGAUACUGGGGAUCUGGAAGAGGAGAGUGCUAUUGUGCUCAUUUCUUGAUUGUGGGCUUCCCAUGGGCAUCUGGUUGGCUACUGUGGGAACAAAGUUUGUGAAUUAGAUGGGUCUUUAGCAGACUCCAGAGGGGCUCUUCUAAUAUUAUUAUGGAGAGACCCAGGUUUAAAUCUGGACUUUAGCCAUGAGCCUGGCUGGGUGACCUUGACCCAGUCACUACCUCAACCUGAUCACUGAGGGAAGAAUAUGUACACUGCUGCGAGUUCAUUGGGGAAAGAGUGGGAUAUAAAUCAAUGUGAUAGAUAGGUUUUCUUUCUCCCUGCACUCUCUGCUUCCACAAGAUGUGAGAUGAUCAGCUCUAGAUUUGUACUACACUGUGCAGUGAUGGAGGGGGGCUAAUGGUCUGUUAGUUGUCUGAAUUAAGACACCCCCCCCCACACACACACAUGCCUCAAUAUGAAGCAGCUGACCCAGCAAUUGUGUGUUGAAAUCUUGUGGGUGAUGAGCACUGUUAAGGUCUUGAAAGGGUUGCAGGAACAUUUUUUCUUUUUCUCUUAUUCUUUCUAUACUGUAUUGGGUGUGUGUUUGCAGUGAGCCGAACCUUUUGCGGCUGGAAUCCAACCACCAAAACCUCAGCCUCAGGUCCUCCUGUUGACAGCUUGUGCUUUUGAUCAGCAACUCAGUAGCCCCUGUCCAAAUCCUGUGAGCCAGAGGAGACUCGGGGCAGGAUGUGUGGCAAUGUAACUCAAGAAGCACUCUUCAGUUACAUCAGCACAAGCCACUGUAGUUUUUUUCCUAUCCAACCAUAUGAUAGACAGCAGUGUGGUGGUGAAUUGGUCACAGCAUGACUCCAACUGCCUCACAGUUCAUUUUGAUCUCUAUGGGUUCCGUGAUUCUCAGUUGCAGUAGCCUUAUACAGAAUCAGGCAAUUGACUCACCUAGCCCAGUAUAGUAUCUAUUCUUGGCUAGGUCUGAGAGAGAGGUCUUUCUCAGUGGACUUGGAGGUACUAGAGGUAGAAUCUUGGACAUUCUACAUGCAAAGCAUGUGCUCUGCCACUGAGCUAUGGCUGCCCCAGAAGAUUGUUGAUACAAAGCAACCAUUGCUAAGCAGGUGUUCUCUUUGUAUAUAUUGGAAUCUUGGCAUGGCUUCAGACGCACAAGAUGCUGAGGCUAGAACUUGAAACUUUCAAACAUGGGAUCUGCUGCUACACCUGGGAGGUGUUCAUCCUAUAGGCAUAGAAGAGGAGACAUGGUUGAUGCAAAAGACCCAAUCUGAUAUUCUCCAGAUACAGAACUACAACUCCCAUCAGCAGUCUCAGUCAGCAUUGGCAAUGGUGAAGGAUAGUGGAAUUUGUGGUUCAAAAUACUUGGAGGGCACCAGUUUGGAGAAGGCUGCAAAAUACUACGGGUAACUUUCUCAGAAGUGUGGGGUCAUCCCCUAAUCCCACCAUAUGCUGCGUCUGCAGGCAAAGGCCAUUCUCCAACACAUAUGGCCAUGACUGCACUCUGUGUUGAUGUGUGGCCAUGGUUUUUCUCCAGCAACCCAAGCAGAGCUGUAGUCAUUCGUAUUUAAAAAUAACUCUGAUGGUGAGAUGACAAAUUACAGGGCACGUUAAUAGAAAAAUUACACCACGUUUAUACUGAAAGCACCUAAGGGCUCCCUUUGGAUAUAAUCAUGGUCAUUAUCACUGUAAUUAAGAGCAAUAAUAUUUUAAUAAUGAAUUUUCAAAAAUGAGUAAUGAAGGACCAUUUGUCUAACCAAGCAUUAAAAAGGAGGGAAGGCAGGUAUGGCUGGUGCCAGUUCCCCGAAAUGGGGAUACAGUGAGGCUAGGAGUUGGGAGAGGGAAAGUGAAGGGUAAAGGCUCUUUUGGGAUAGGGGUAGAACCAGCAAUCUCCACAAGAGGGUGAUUGGCAACUGGAAGGAGGACCUUCAAUAUGCCCUUCAAACUGGUCUGCCAGUUUGCUAGAGUAUAUAUGCUAGAGUAUAUAAAAGAAUUGGAACAAAAAGCUUCAGUUACGCAUUAUUGCUCUACCUUGAGUGUUUAUUGCUGUAGUGUGAAUUUUAAAAUUUUCUGCAAUCUGGUUGGUUUGCCUCUAUGUUUCCAAUGGCACAGGCUCCAAGAUGAGAUGGAGGUGAUCAUUGGAAAGGAGCCAUGGGGAGUGGGUGUUGAUGGAGGGAGGUGGAAUUUCUCUCUGCUCCGGUCAAGCAGUUAAUGAAACAUGGGUCUGAGCUGCACUCAGUGCAUUUUCCGUAGAUUAGAGAGCAGGGGUUGUGAAACUGGUGCCCAGAAGUGCACAGAUGCCAGCAAUAUCUUUUUCCUCCACCCCACUGAAACUAGGCUUGAAAGGAGCAUUCUGUUGUGGUCAAUAGAACGGGUUGUAGUGUGUGCUUGGCGCGUGUGUCGUUUCUCCGGUUUGCAAAUGUACCCACAGGCCAAAAAGCGUUGGGCAAGAUCAAGGCCCAGGCAAGAAGAAAGCAGAAAAGCAGCUGGCCCACUAGUUGGACUCAGCAGACAAAUGCGUUUGUUCAUGUCUGUGUUUGCAAUGGAGCCAACGGAAUAGAGAAAUGAGCAGCCCGUGGCUUGUUCACCUACAUUUACAGUUACAUAACGAGAUGCCUGUCUUCUUAGCAUCAGUUGGGUGAAGGAGCAAGCAUUCUGUAUCAGCACACUCUGCCUUCAUUAAUAAUUGCAAUGGACACUGAAGAAGCAAAGCCCUGGGUUCCUUGUUUGCAGCUUGGCUGGUGUCAGUUUGAAUUACUUCUCAGUGCAAGACUGGGUGAUGUGAUGGGUGUGCCCGAACUUACUGCACGCCGAGCGCUCUUUCGUUGUUCUUAUGGCUCUGUUUCGAUGGAAGUCUUCUUUCUCCCUGUGUUGCAGAAAAGCCACGGAUGAACAGCAUCCUCACCUCUGCCACUGAGCCCUAUGAUCUGUCCUUCUCCAGGUCUUUCCAGAACCUCUCCCACCUCCCACCAUCCUACGAGUCUGCAAUCAAGACUAACCCAAGUAAAUAUUCUUCCCUGAAGAGAUUAAGUAGGUGUCUGCUCAUUUCAUUCUUUUGCUACUCACUGUGCAUGGUUAGGCUGAAAGCCACCCCCCCAAGUCCUCCCCUCUUGCUGUCAGAAUCUUUGGCCAGGUGAUCCUUAUUUCAUUGUCCUUUCCUUCUGAAGUGAGCUUGCUCUUUCACACCAGGGUCAAGGAUAAUCUGCACAGAUAUCACCCCAGCAGCCUCUUUUCUAGGCUGUUUCGUAUUGACCAAGCAUAUGUUUAGUGUCCCUCCCUGUUAAAGCCCACCCAGCUUUCCAUUCAUUUUUUUUUAAUUCAAGAAUAAGAACAGUGCAGUUUAGCCCUUGACACGCCCCUUCCCCGAAUAGAUCCCUGCUAUUUUUAGCUCUUCCUGUGUAUUCUGGGGCAGGUCGCUGCAUCCAAAAUUGUGAACUAAAUACCCUGGUCCAAACAGUAGCAAUUGAUUUGUCUCACUGCAUUAGGGACAUUAGAUUGGCAUGAGGCCUAAGCCAAAGUAUUGCCACUUAAAUAAUUUUGGGCAGAUAUGGGGGGCAGGGUAUGAAGUGUGGUAUACCCUACUGCUCUAGCCCUCACAAUGUAUCCUUCGUUUUCUUUUUUUCUUCUGUGACAAUUCACAGACUUCUCAGUGGAAGUGAGGCUGCAGCACACCAAGAGCAGCUAUAGGGAGAAGAGUUUAAUUGCCAAGGCAGUUGAGUGGAGUAACUCAGCCUAUCUUCUUACACUGUGCUCAGAGUCACUAGGAAGGUGGAGGGGGUGUGCUUCUGUCACCCAGUUGCCCGGAUGACAGAGGCAGACUGUCCUAGCUUCUAGCACUAUGAAUUGGCUCAGUGUCCGAAGACCAGGGAUGUAUAGGCCAGGGAUGGGGGGGAGGGAUAUGUGGCCCUCUAGGUCUGGAGGGCCGCAGGUGCACUAUAGUUGCAGCUCUCCAUAUUUUUCAGCUGUGUCUUGCAAGUUACUGCGCAGGAAGUUGUGACGUUUGCCCAAUUGCCCAGGCAAUGUGUGGGGCCACCUGUGGGCUGGGAAGCUGUAGCACAGCAUGGAAUCCCCACAUUGUUUGGAAACAUAAGGGUGCACUUCUGUCUCCCUUUUCCUGGCACAAUGAAUGAACUUUGCCCAUUUUUUUAGUCCACUCUUUCCAUCCAGUAUAGCAGGUUCAGCUAUACAGCCUGUAAAUGAGACUGCAAAGUUGGGGCUUACAUUUCAGCUCAGCCCUCUUUCUCACUGAGGCCACCAAGUAUCCCUCACAGCAUCUUAGUCUGUUAUUGAUUAAUGCUUUGACCUUAUCACUGAUAACGCUGUUUAUGCUCUCUCGGGUAUUCAAUCAUUUAUCCAAUGCGAAGGCUUCAGAAUAGGUGCCUCCUCCCACUGUUGCUUUUCCAGCCAGUACUCUUCUUGAUCCAUAUGUAUUUGGAGCACAGCAUUGUAACUCUUUGUUGUGUAUACUGCUCAGCAGAAAACACUUUAAGCUUUAAUAGCAAAAACAGACAAGUAGAAGUCCCACUGGAUAUAUCCAUUACUGGACUAUACCAUUUCAGACUGCAGGUAGGGGAUUAAAUGUUUUAUUCCAUGCAUAAAAUACUUGCUGUAUAACUAGCAUGUCCAGGAGAUUAUUCUAGGCAAGCCCUUUGCUCCGACGUGACAAUUUUGCAUUACUUUAUGUUGACAUCCCACCUGUGGUCUGAUUGGUACAGCCCCCGCAAGAGAUACAUCACAGGAGGCUUCUGCUCAUCCCUUUAACUCUAGCAGUCUGAUGGUCACUGCAAGAUCCCCUUGGACUAACUGUGCUUUCCAAAGUAAGUGAAACCUUGUAAAGGGCGAUACAGAGUGAGGUGCUGCAAAUGUGAGCUAUAACUGGACUAGGUUAAAACAGAAAUCUAAAUUAUGUAUGUAUGUCUAUGUGUUUUUGAAGAAGUUGUCUCUAGCAGGGGUUGUUAUUUCUGUUUGUUACAUGUUACGUGUUCUUGUGUUUUUAUAUUGUAAACCACCCUCGGAUGAACUUUUAGCUGGGUUCUGCUUCAGAAUGACUGUUGGAUCUGAUGGCCAGGGAGACGGAAGGGAGGACCCAUACCCCAUUCACACCAUGCAUUUAAAGCCACCACUUUAAACAAUCAUGGGUUCCUCCAAAGAAUCAUAGGAGCUGUAGUCUAAGGGUCCCUGAAAAGAACUACAAUUCCCAGAGUUCCCUGUUGAUUGUUAAACCGCUCUGGAAAUUAUAGCUAUGGGAAGGGACUGAUCAGCACCCUUAACUGACUACAAUUCCCAGAAUUCUGGGAAAGCAAAAACUCUUUAAAGUGGUAUUCAUAGUGCUUUAAAUGUAUGGCGUGUAUGUGGUCCCAGUAAUUGAUGCCUGAACUGACCUAUGAAGGACGGUGUGUGCACUUACCAUAAGCAAGCAAGCUAUAUGUUCAGAAAUUAGGGGGAUGGGAAGCUGACUUUCACUCUGCUGGAAUUGUAGGGGAAGUGGCUUAAGUUGAUGUGUACGGAUUUUGCAGAAUGAUUCAGAGAAAUUCAUGUUUGCUGAAUGUAUAUAUAGGAAUGAUCAUGAGUAGAGUCAUUCUCAGAACUGGAAAAUGAAUGCAUUUUGAAGAUUUACUGAUACAAGAUGGGUAGCGGUGGAGGAGGUAAAUGCAUUUUGUUGGGGUGCUGUUUAUUUUCCCCCCAACAAAAAAAAACUUAGUUCUAGAACAGGACAGAUUUGGGGGCACUUGUGAGUUUAUGAUUCCUCCACCACAUCUCAAAAACCCCACCCACACUUAGCCCAGAAAAGAGAACAAAAAAUGCAGUUUCUAUUUUUGCAUGUGUUAUUAUUGAAAAGUAAUAAGCAUAACAGCAUCACAGAAAAAAUAGCUGUCUAUUAUAAAAAUAUGCAUCAGAUUCACAUUAAUAUAAUAGAUUCACAUUAUGACGAAAGACAAUGACUGCACUUUCUCUGUGUGUUUGCCUAAGUCACAGGGGCAAAAAGUGAGAGACAGGUUAACAAUAAAGCAGUGAAUGUUAAUGGUGGUUAAUGCCAACAUAGUCACAACAACAGUGAAUCAGUGAAACAGAAGUUAAAGUGAAAACACAUUUCAGCAGCACCCAGUGAGCAGAUCAAACGUGAUGAUUAAAUAGUAUUGGAACAAAUAUUGUCAUAUAUAAAAAAGAAAAAAAUGGUAUCAGGGAAAUCCAGAGAGUUGCUGCAAGCAAGACCGCUUUGCAAAGAGCUCAGACAAGUUGAUUAUGGGCGAGUGUGAUGUUUGGUCCACUUGUAGCAAAUUCCAUCACAUCCCUCCUUCCAUUUCUUCCAUAAUUUAGUGCUGCAAUGUGACCUGGGAGGGGACAGAUUCAACCAAUACAGUUGAAAUUAAGCACCAGUGAGCACAUGAAAUAUUUCACAGGGAAUAUAACUGUCUUCUGCAGUUUUUUUUGUCCUAGCAGUUUAAAUAGUUUUUGUAAUAAUGUAUUAUAAUCAGGGAUGGGGAACAUGUGCCCCUCCGGCCAUCUCUCAAUCACCUCCCUGGUCAUUGGCCCCGAGGGGAUCCAACAGCAACUGGAAGGCCCCAGGUUCCUCAUCCCUAUUAGAAGUGGCAAUUAAUAAAGAUGUGGGAAAGAGCUGCUGAGGAAGUGCUGGUCUCCACUCCACUCUAAGGGGUUUUACUGCGAUUUGUAAAAAAAUCCUCCAUAUGCAAAAUUGUAUAUUCCACAAGUGGAGUAGCCAUUGAUGUUCCGCAUGAUGGCAGCACUCUAGAUUACUUCCUGCAUUGCACAUUUACCAUAUUGACAUACCUUUAAAAAAAAAUGCCUUCCACCCUUGCUUGACACUUUUGCAAAGCCUUAACGUUAUCUUUCCCAUCUCCUUCCUCCACACAGCUGACAAGGAAGCUGAGGAGUAUUACUCCAGAAAGAGGCACCUCCCAGACUUGGCGGCCAGAGGGACCCUCCCUCUCAACGUCAUCCAGCUCUCCCAGAAACAGACCACUCAGAGGGAGCGGCCACGCCGCGUGAUGCGGGCCAUGUCCCAGGACCGAGUGCUGUCCCCAGAGAGGAUCAUGCCGGAGGAGUUCAGCAUGUCUUACGAGCGGAUCCUCUCUGACGAACAGCUGCUAUCCACCGAGCGCCUCCACUCCCAAGACCCACUGCUGUCUCCAGAGCACUCGGGUUUCGGAGAGCAGUCCAUGUCGCGGGCUUUGUCGCACUCAGACGUCUUUGUUUCGACGCCUGUCUUGGAUCGCUAUCGGAUGACUAAGAUGCACUCCCAUCCCAGUGCCUCAAAUAACUUGUACAACACCUUGAGUAUGAACCAAACGUCUGCCAAGCGCCAGGCCUUUGCCUCCCGGCGGCACAACACAGUGGAGCAGCUACACUAUAUCCCAGGGCACCACCACCAUUACCGCACAGCCAGCAAGACAGAGGUGACUGUUUGAUCAGAGACACUGUGCAUUGUAGAUAAUCCAUCUAUGGACCGGGGUGGCUUCAGUGCCCUACACUGCAGUGGCCUUAUGGCCAAGAUAACCUCUAACUCUAUGUCUGAAAAGACAGACUCUUCCGACAGUCCUGUCUGUGUUGUUUUGGAAAUUCAUCUACAUGUUAUUGACAUAAAGAGGAAAAAACAAAACCUGAACAGGGAGAGGUGAUGCAGGUAAGGUGUCCUGACGUGCCCAGUUUCUGUCAAGGAAAGCCAUUCAGAUUAUGGCUCCUUUCAAGGGCUUGCCUGCAGCUACUCUCUAGGGUUGCCAGGCUAGGACUUUAAGACAUACUGACAACAAUCUCACACAAAAUUGGCGUAAUAUGGCGAAAUCGACAAACCUUCCAAUCCGGCGUAAUGGGAUUUGGUUGUGAUCUUAGUGCUUGACAGAAGUUUAGUUUUACCAGGACUGUCAGCUGCAGUCAUGACUGAGGCCGGUUCCAGCCAAGGUCCAUUCUCUAAGACAGAAGGUAAAAACUCCAGUCCACCUAAGCAUGGUUCUUCCAGAUCAUUGGGCAAAUUCCAGUGGCAAGCACUGUUACCCAACUCCUAGACUGUGUGACAAUGCCUGCCACGGUUGGAAAACCACAUUGUUUUACAGGUAACUGUAGAACAGAAUUAUUCCAGUGCCUCUAAGAUUGCUAACCUCCAGGGUGGUAGAAGGAGUGAGGUGGAUUUGUUUAUAAGCACAAUUCUGCUGAUAGGUGUUUGCAGCCCCCCACUUCUUCCAUCCAUCCUCAUGUAUGUAAAUUCCUAACAUGUAAAUAUAUUUUUUAAAAAGAAAUGGGACAGAAUUGCUUCUCUCUGCAACAAGAGGCACCAACAUUUUGCAUCCAUUUUUACAUCCAGGAUGUAGUCGAAGAUAGACAAGUUGCAAGAGAUGUGGAAUAGCUGUAGCCUGAUUGUCAUGCCAUGAAAAGUUGAUCACAGCUCAAUCUAUGCUUGGCUUCUUGCCAGCCUGCAGCUUUCAGCUACCCCUGGGAAAUCUUCAGAAAGGCUAGUUAUUUUACAGGAUUUCUUGGAAAGAUACAGUUUUCAAAAGCUUUUUCUUUUCAUCUCUCCUGCCCAAUAACAUUUUUGGGCUGCCAGUCUUGCUGAAUCCUAAUCUCAUCCUGCUGGUGCUUGUUCCUCUUGUAUACUAAUUGGGCACAUUGUACAGCCACUGUACAGUGAUAAUUAGACACUGAGUGUCUGUAAACUCUUUCCAAGAAAUAUUUGUAGGUCCAACUUUGGUUGGAAUUUGAAUAUUUGGAACAGAUGUAAAUUCUAAUUGACAUGUACACCCCAUCUCCCUGCCUGGUCCUGACCUCUGUUCCAACAGCUACAUGCAGUGGCUGAGCCUGUGUAAAAACCAUGGACUAUUGGCUCAUUCCACUGCGCACUUGCAUCCCCAUGCUACAAGGUCUUGCUCCAGUUCUGCACAAUGAGAUGUAGAGCCCCUGCAUUAAAUAGGAUCCCACAGAGCUAAACAGUCUAAAUAUGUGCAUUGAACAAUAGUUCCUGACAUUAGUGGCCUUCACUGGGCAGCCUCAGGAAUUUCCCUUCAUGAGCUUUUAUUUUCUCUCUGCAUUUUUUCAGAGAGGCAUGCAUUGGAAAAGUGAUAUCCUGUCCCUUUUUACCAAUCAGGUUUUGUGUACAGCACCAGCCGAAAGCAACUGCAGAGCUGCUUUUCAUUGGUGUGUUGUGUUCGUAGGCCACAGAUCAGAGCCAUAAGAAACACUGUACUUUGCUUAACAGAAACUGGGCUGAGAAGGGAAGAAGGCAAAGGUCACGAGCCAUCGUUGCUUAUGUUCUAUUCCUGAGCAACAGGCAUACACUCUGAAGUGUUUGUCACUAGCUGCAAUGCACACAGGUAUGGUCACACAGUAGCGGGAAAGGGAGAGGCAGUUUUCUCCAUAAUUUAUGCUGAGCAUAGUCAUCUUCAAACAUCUCUGGUGCCCAACCCUAUGGACAAUAAAAGCUGUUGACCUAUGAGAGGGUCUGCUAUAGAACCUCUCUGGAAACAAAAGUCUUGUGUGCCAUCUUGAAUAUGGUGUGUCAAAUAUACAAGGUGUGUCAUUCUGAUUUGCCAUGAUGUAAACCAGUGCACCAUUGGUUACCUGGGUGAAGCAGGCAUCGGAGAGGAGGAAGGAUACAGACCCAAGCAAUGAAAUGCUACAGGUAGACAAGACAGGCCUAGUUAUGAGAGCACAGGGGCACAUAUAGUAGUACUGAGGGGGACUCUGUUUCCCAAAAGUCGCCACAAAUCUGGCCCUCUGUACAUUUCCCAGUAGAAUGGUGUUCUGUUGUCCAAUAUUGUAUGGCUCAUUUUCAGGCCACUUCUUGGCCUGUUCUACUGAAAUAAUAAUCUGCAAAGCACUGUUGGUCUCCUUUCCUGCCUGUUGGGCCGCCUUUCUACAGGAUGCAAGCACUGUGGUUGUUGCUGCAAACUGCAGCUGUGUGACCACAAAUCCACUCAGUUGCCGCAAUGUUAUGGGAAUCGCAUGGCCUCAAACGCUGCAGAAGUGCCCUUUUGUGUGUGGCGCAACCAUGCUGCCUGCAUACUAUACAAAGCAGGCCUUGGCCUCCCAACAGC